AUGGUCAAGAUAGCCAGGCUCGGUGGGAUGGAAGCAAUCCUCAAGGCUAUGGAGCUGCACCCAGGCAGCAAGGAGGUGCAACAGCACGGCUGCGGGGCACUGCUGAACCUCGCCGUCAAUGCCGACAACAUGGUCAAGAUAGCGAGGCUCGGUGGGAUGGAAGCAAUCCUCAAGGCUAUGGAGCUGCACCCAGGCAGCAAGGAGGUGCAAGAGCAGGGCUGCUGGGCACUACUGAACCUCGCCUUCAAUGCCGACAACAUGGUCAAGAUAGCGAGGCUCGCGAGGCUCGGUGGGAUGGAAGCAAUCCUCAAGGCUAUGGAGCUGCACCCAGGCAGCAAGGAGGUGCAAGAGCAGGGCUGCUGGGCACUGGGGAACCUUGCCCUCAAUGCCGACAACAAGGUCAAGAUAGCGAGGCUCGGUGGGAUGGAAGCAAUCCUCAAGGCUAUGGAGCUGCACCCAGGCAGCAAGGAGGUGCAAGAGCAGGGCUGCUGGGCACUACUGAACCUCGCCUUCAAUGACGACAACAUGGUCAAGAUAGCGAGGCUCGGUGGGAUGGAAGCAAUCCUCAAGGCUAUGGAGCUGCACCCAGGCAGCAAGGAGGUGCAAGAGCAGGGCUGCGGGGCACUACUGAACCUCGCUGGCAAUGCCGACAACAUGGUCAAGAUAGCGAGGCUCGGUGGGAUGGAAGCAAUCCUCAAGGCUAUGGAGCUGCACCCAGGCAGCAAGGAGAUGCAAGAGCAGGGCUGCGGGGCACUGCUGAAGCUCGCUGGCAAUGACGACAACAUGGUCAAGAUAGCGAGGCUCGGUGGGAUGGAAGCAAUCCUCAAGGCUAUGGAGCUGCACCCAGGCAGCAAGGAGGUGCAAGAGCAGGGCUGCGGGGCACUACUGAACCUCGCCGUCAAUGCCGACAACAUGGUCAAGAUAGCGAGGCUCGGUGGGAUGGAAGCAAUCCUCAAGGCUAUGGAGCUGCACCCAGGCAGCAAGGAGGUGCAAGAGCAGGGCUGCUGGGCACUAACUGAAGCUCGCCGUCAAUGACGACAACAAGGUCAAGAUAGCGAGGCUCGGUGGGAUGGAAGCAAUCCUCAAGGCUAUGGAGCUGCACCCAGGCAGCAAGGAGGUGCACUUGGGAGCCUCGGUGAUUUGUGGUGUGAAUCGUUGGUGGUAAGAUUUUAGAAUCAGGUAGCUCAGUCGGUAACCCUGAGGCUAUUCUUCCUACAUGCUGAUUGCCAGCUCGUUUAUACCUCACCAGAGCCGCUAUGUCAUUGAUCCCACAGACCCUUCCAGCACUGAGGUUAAUUUACCUCAUAUACGUGUCUUGAAUUGCC